CAGCAUCGUAGUUUCAGGGUUAUCAAGUCGAGUCGAGUCGAGUUGGAGUUGCGCUAGAUUGCGUUAUAGCGCGUUGGUGGUGCUAUAUAGUGCUAGUGCUAGUGCCAGUGCCAGUGCCAGUGAUAACGGUAGUGAAUACUGAAUAGUUAUUUGCCAUCCGUCAUUUGCCUGCAUGUGAUUUUGUGCAGUGCUGACUGCAUUACAGUGUUUGUGGUACGGUGUACGGUGUACGGUGAAAAAUGAAGAUGUGAUGUGAUGUGGCGCGACGCGUGACCAGCUUUGCAGCUUUCGAUCGAGUGAAAAUAUUUAAUCGAUUCGGUGCAUCUCGAGUGUAGACAAACUUACGCCGCCGACAGCCAAAGGCGCUGAACCUAGUGCAAUAGCGCAAUAGUGCAAUAGUGCUGCAAAACCCAUCGAUAAAAAUCAUGGCCAAAGGAAACGACGGUUUCGAUUCGAACGAAUCGUUGCCUUUAUUGGGCUCGUCGACUGCGACUGCGACUGCAACUGUGACAGGCGCCCCAAUUAAUUACCAAACACUCGCAGGCAAUGACGUAGCCGUGACCGUUGCGGUGACAGUCGGCAACGGAGCGGGAGCGGGAGCGGGAGCGGGAGCGGGAGCGGACGCUCAAUCCGCCACAAACGGCCGAGUAAAAGUCAACGUAUUCCCGGAGAAGAACAUCACGUAUACGUGGUGCGAUAUCAACGUAUUUACUUCGAAAUCGACCGAAAGUCGAAAGAGAACGUCGACGUCGUCGAAAAUCGUCAAGAUAUUCAAAUCGAUCGGGUGCUGCAGAAACACCAACGACAUUUCCAAGCGCAAACAUAUAUUACAAAAUGUGUCUGGUGUGGCGUAUCCGGGCGAAUUGCUGGCGAUUAUGGGCUCGAGCGGAGCGGGUAAAACGACGCUGCUCAACACGUUGACGUUCCGAUCGUCGUCCAACAUGGUGGUGAGCGGAUCGAGGACCGUAAACGAUAUACCCAUCAACAGCACCACCUUAUCCUCGCUUUCCGCUUACGUGCAGCAAGACGAUCUGUUUUUUGGUAAUUUGACCGUUCGCGAACAUCUCAUAUUUCAGGCGCUGGUGCGAAUGGAUCGAGAUAUACCAUACCAACAACGCAUGAUCCGCGUCGAAGAAGUUAUAUCAGAACUACUGUUGACAUCCUGCCAGAAUACCAUCAUAGGAAAGCCUGGAAAAAUCAAAGGUAUAUCCGGAGGAGAAAUGAAAAGGCUAUCUUUCGCAUCCGAGGUACUGACAAAUCCGCCGGUAAUGUUUUGCGACGAGCCGACCUCCGGUCUAGAUUCGUUUAUGGCGCAAACCGUGGUGACGGUGCUCAAAUCGAUGGCCAUGAAAGGAAGAACCAUCAUCUGUACCAUUCAUCAGCCCUCUUCCGAAGUGUACGCCAUGUUUGACAAAAUUCUGCUCAUGGCCGAAGGCAGAGUCGCCUUCCUCGGUUCGCCGACCGAAGCCAAUUCCUUCUUUACUUCGUUAGGUUCACCUUGCCCGGCCAACCAUAAUCCGGCCGAUUUCUUCAUUCAACUGUUGGCUGUGGUACCUUCGCAAGAAGAAGAAUGUCGCAAUAAAAUACAAAAAAUCUGCGAUUCUUACGAAAAUUCCGAGUACGCUCAAAAAUUGUACAAAGAAUGCAGUCGUCAACGAGAAAACAAGUACAAAUCCAUUUACACGAACGGAUGGUUAGACACGAGUAACGUGGCCAAGAGAUCUCCGUACAAAGCGUCGUGGUUGGCUCAAUUCAACGCCGUCAUGUGGCGCUCGUGGCUCAGCAUGAAAAAAGAGCCCAUUUUAAUCAGAGUUCGUCUUUUGCAAACUAUCAUGGUAUCGUUAAUUAUCAGCGUCAUAUAUUACGGACAAAAAAUCGACCAGGACGGCGUAAUGAAUAUCAACGGAGCUUUGUUUCUGUUGGUCACCAACAUGACUUUCCAAAACGCAUUAGCCGUCAUCAACGUAUUCUGUUCGGAACUUCCGGUAUUCUUAAGGGAACAUUUUAACGGAAUGUACAGGACGGACGUGUAUUUCCUAUGUAAAACUAUAGCCGAGAUACCCAUAUUUUUGGUCAUACCGAUCAUGUUCACCUGCAUCGUGUACUACGUGAUCGGAUUGAAUCCGUCUUUCGUUCACUUUAUCACUUGCGUAUUGAUCGUGGUGUUGGUUAGCACAGCGGCCACAUCAUUCGGAUAUUUGGUAUCUUGCGCGAGUCCUACGGUUACGGUUGCCUUAUCCAUCGGUCCGCCGUUGAUUAUUCCAUUUUUGCUGUUCGGUGGAUUUUUCUUGAACGUCGGUUCUAUUCCUCCGUAUUUCGAAUGGUUAAGUUACCUGUCGUGGUUUAAAUACGGAACCGAAGCUCUGUACAUUAAUCAGUGGAACGACAUUUACAACAUCACGUGCGAAGGCAGCAACACCACGUGUUACAAAAAUGGCCACGUCGUCUUGGAAGCGUAUAGUUUCAAAGAGUGGCAUUUGUUACCGGACAUGGGUUUACUUGUCUUACUCAUCAUCGGCUUCAGAGGUUUCGCAUUUUUAGGCUUAUUGUACCAUACUUACAGAAAGUAGGAUAUACUCGUACCUAUCUACUGCAACGUUAUCACCGGUUCAAACGAUGCAUUUACUCGUCUUUCGCUCUCUCUCUCUCUUUCUUUGCGUCCAAGCGUCUAUCUACAUAUGUGACACACCAGUCUACCCUAGACCUAGUUACCUUUUUACGUGUGCGGCCGCGCCUUGCCCACCGCGCCGAAUCCUUCCGAUAAGCGUAUUUAUACAUUUUUGAUUUUCAUCGACGCUUCGACGCUCAUCCGCAGUCAGCAUACCUAUUCGUUAUUAUAUGUAUGUACUAUUAUUACCUCUAUACGUAUGUACCUACUUUUGUAUUAUACUCGUAAGCUGGUAUUACUAUACUGUUAUUAUGCUUACGAUGAGAGAAAACUCGUUAUCGUUGUUAUCGUAGCCGCUUAAUGGCUUAAUCUAUAGUUGAAUUUUAUUACGCGUAUCUUCAAUCUUCAUCGUAUGUAAUGUACAUUCGUCUAGCGUAGUUUAUAAGUAUUUUUUGUUAAACAUAGGUAAUACAUUAUACAUCUACUUUGUGUUA